AUGGUGGUUAGGCCGUUCAACGUCAUUCAGCCCAAGGCCGUCCCUGAGGGCACGCCCGAGUACGAGUCCAAGCGGGCGGCGUUGCUUCGUGCCUUCCACGAGAAGAUUCCUCAGGAGUACUACAUCCCCCAGGAGGUUGUCAACAGCCCGCCGCAGGAUGUUUCGGGGCUCGCGACCACGUUUGGCAUCUUGACCCCGGAGGAAGUCGAGAUCACCGAGACCGUCGAUGCCACGACCCUGGCCGAGGCCAUUGCGGAUCGCAAGUACACGGCCGUCGCGGUGGCCAGGGCCUUUUGCAAGCGGGCCAUCGUCGCCCAUCAGCUGACCUGCUGCUUGACGCAGUGGUUCAUGGACGAGGCGCUCGAGCAAGCUAAAGCGCUCGACGAGUAUUUGGAGAAGAACGGCAAGACCGUGGGUCCACUGCACGGCGUGCCCGUCAGCAUCAAGGAUCACAUGCCCAUCGCGGGCACGUAUUCGUCGACUGGCUACUUCGGCAGUAUUGUGAAAAACGACCAGGACAGCCAGCUGGUCGCGAUUUUGCGGAAGUUGGGAGCCGUCUUCUACUGCAAGACCAACCAACCCCAAACCCUCAUGCAUUUGGAGAGUGACUCGCAUUGGGGCCGCGUGCUGAACCCUUACAACAUCCAUCUCUCGGCGGGUGGCUCGACGGGCGGCGAAGCGGCCUUGAUCGCCAUGAAAGGCUCGAUCCUGGGUGUUGGCACCGACAUUGGCGGCAGCAUCCGCGGCCCUUCGGCGUUCUGCGGGAUCUACGGCUUCAAACCAACGUCGUACACUCUACCUAUGAAGGACAUGAUCGCGGCGCCGUUCCCCGCGGAGCUGAAUGUCUUGUGCUCGAUCGGGCCCAUGUGUCGCAGUCUGAGGGAUAUGGAACUUUUCACCAGCAACGUCAUCGCCGCGAAACCACAUCUCGAAGAUCCCAGGAUCGUGCCGCUGCCCUGGACGGGUCUCAAGACGCCCAUUCAGGGGAAAUUGAAGGUGGGCGUGAUCACCAACGACGGCUUCAUCGACCCUCAACCGCCCGUAAAGCGAGCCGUCUCUUGGGCGAAGAAACUCCUCUCCGACCCAAAAUACGCCGACAUCAUCGAAGUCAAGGACUUUACACCCUACGACGCCCCCGGUGCGUGGUCCAAGAUCCGCCGUAUGUACUGGCCAGAUGGCGGGAAGGGCUUAGCCGAACACAUCACCGAAACCGGCGAACCGAUCCACCCUCUCUCAUCGUGGAUCUGGAAAGACGCCGAACCCCUGGGCAUGCAGAGUGGCGUGGACGUGAGCAGUAUGCGUUGGGAGCGCGACACUUUUCGGAUCGCCUUUGCCCAGCACUGGAACACACAGGACGUCGAUGUGGUUAUUGGCCCCUGCUUCGUGGGUCCGGCCUCGAUGCACGACACGGCGUUUUACUGGACGUACACGUCUCUCUAUAACUUUGUGGAUUACCCAGGUGUUGUGAUUCCGACGCCCAUCAAGGCGGAGGGUGGCGAGAGGUAUGCCGAGGAUUACAAGCCCCUGAGCGAUGCGUGUGCGCAUGUCAAGCAGUUGUGGGAGGAAGGGGAUUUUGUGGGUGCGCCGAUUAAUUUGCAGGUUGUUGCGAGGAAGUACCAUGAUAGUCAGUUAUUUGGGGCGUUGGCGGUCCUUAAGGAUGUUUUGGGGUUGAAGUAG